GGGCGGGGAACGGGAGGGGUAGGUUGCACCUGUUGCGAGCCCCCACCGGGCUGCUGGAGGCGACGAGUCAGUGGGGCAGUCGCUGCUGAGUGAGGAGUGGGGCGAGUUCGAAUCCCGAGGCUGGCCGAGCCGAGAGUUCCUGUCGGGCCGCUGUAGUUUUUCCGAGGAGUUGGCCGGGCAGCGUCGCCGCCGCCGGAGGAGAGAGGUUCGCCAGGAGUUUGUCCAGAGUUCGGGCCCCGGCUCCCUUGCCACGCCGCCGCCAUGCCCGUCUUCCACACCCGCACCAUCGAGAGCAUCCUGGAGCCCGUGGCGCAGCAGAUCUCCCACCUGGUCAUCAUGCACGAGGAGGGGGAGGUGGAUGGCAAGGCCAUCCCCGACCUGACCGCCCCCGUGGCUGCCGUGCAGGCUGCCGUCAGCAACCUGGUCCGGGUUGGAAAAGAAACAGUGCAGACAACUGAAGACCAGAUUUUGAAAAGGGACAUGCCACCAGCCUUUAUCAAAGUGGAGAAUGCCUGCACUAAACUUGUCCAGGCAGCCCAGAUGCUGCAAGCAGAUCCUUAUUCAGUACCUGCUCGUGAUUAUCUCAUUGAUGGAUCAAGAGGCAUCCUCUCUGGUACAUCAGACUUGCUUCUGACAUUUGAUGAGGCUGAGGUCCGUAAAAUCAUCCGUGUCUGCAAAGGAAUUUUGGAAUACCUAACUGUAGCAGAGGUGGUAGAGACUAUGGAGGAUUUGGUGACAUACACAAAGAAUCUGGGUCCAGGAAUGACAAAGAUGGCCAAAAUGAUUGAUGAAAGACAGCAGGAAUUGACUCAUCAGGAGCACAGAGUGAUGUUGGUGAACUCCAUGAACACUGUGAAGGAGCUGUUGCCUGUCCUUAUUUCAGCUAUGAAGAUUUUUGUAACUACUAAAAGUUCCAAAAGCCAAGGAAUAGAAGAGGCCUUGAAAAACCGCAAUUUCACAGUAGAGAAGAUGAGUGCUGAAAUAAAUGAGAUCAUCCGUGUGUUACAGCUCACUUCCUGGGAUGAGGAUGCCUGGGCUAGCAAGGUAUGUUCACUGUUUCUUCUGGAAAUAGAAGUCAGAUUCUACUUAGCUUCUCACAGCAACUAUAAAUUGAGGUUUUCAAGAAUAUUUGAUUAGAGUGUACACAACCAGAUCAUGUAACACGAUAUAGUGUUAUGAAUAGGAUUGGAAGGAUUAGAUUUUUCAGUAUAUGCUCAUUUCACUGUAUACCCACAAACAAUGAAAAAUGUUUCCAUUGAUGUUGAUCAAAAUUUACGGAUAGGCAAUGUAAGAAAAAUGGUACUUGAGAACUUACCAGAGUUUGACUUCACGCUAUUUAUGUUGUAUAUUUUGACAUAGGUUAAAAUUUGUGCUUUAACCAUUAUAAAGCUUUAAUUUUUUUUAAAUCUGAAUGUCUGCCA